AUGGCAACCCGCUCCUGGCCGCCCUCUCGAACCCGCUCCCCUAUCGAUCAAGGGGACCUGGGACCCUUCCUUCCGCCAGCCACCCCUGUCGAGCUUGGGGAAGUGUCCCUCGAGCGCGUCACACGCCUCCUCCUUGGCCUCCUUGGCCAAGUCAAACGCCUCGAGCGAGAAGUUGGGGAAAUCAAGGAAGCCGGGAUCGAGACCCGCACCAACGUCAAAAAUAUAUCCCAAGCCGUCGAUGUUGUCAAGGAUGGGCUUAGGAGCCUCCAACUCCACGGGCCCCGGACCCCAGAGGACACAAAACCCCCGGCCGUGGAAGCAACACCACGCCCCUUAUCAAAAGUUGACCCUGUUGGAUUGACUAGUCGGGUCUUGUUCUGGCCCAAACCAUCUAGAGGGCUCCCCACCUUUGCCCAACCCACUCCUGUCCGGGCAGUGCCCCCGCAAGUCCCAUCUCCCCCUCCAUCUCCGCGUCUCCAAUCCCCGAUCGGGACAGCUGCCCCUCCUCCUCCGGCUCCAGUUGCCACCUACUCCGCUCUGGUCAAGGUUGACCACCCCGACGCCUACACAGGCAAAAUAGGGAGCAAAGCAAAGCAGUGGCUGACCCAAAUGUUGGCCUGGACCCGCCUCAAUUCGCGGAUGUUCCCCACCGACCAAGAGGUACUAUCCUUCCUCUUGAUGAACAUGAAGGACACCGCUGGGGCCUGGGCCCACCCUCACCUUGACCAACUUGGCUCACAUUGGGCCAUCAUUCAAACGGUCGAAGGAUUCAAAACAGAGUUCUUGGCAGCAUUCGGCGACCCUGACGCCACAAGGGCCGCCGAGCGGAAAAUCACCACGCUUACCCAGUCCGGCACAUGUGCGGACUAUAUUACCAAGUUCAGAACCCUGGCAAUGGAACUGGACUGGAACGACGCGGCCCUUAGAGGCCAAUUCGCCCGUGGCCUCCACUGGGAGGUCAGUCGCCAAAUCGCAACCUGCAAACACCGGCCCCAAACACUCCUUGAGCUGCAGAAUGCAGCACUCGUCAUCGACAACGCUCUCCGCAAAGAGCGUGCUAGCCAUCCACCAAGGGAUAAUAAGCCUAGCAGACCAUCCAACCCCGCAAGGGGGACGAGUACCGGCCAAGCCACAACCGGUUCAAAGAAACUCUCCGACGACCCCAAAUUUGUGUUGGAAGAAGAACGCAAUCGCCGCCGCGCCGCUGGCGCCUGUAUCAAAUGCGGCAAAAUGGGUCACAAGUUUGCGGAAUGCCGCACAGGAUGGAAGGCUACCCCUAUUGAGGAUAAGGGGAAAGCCAAGGAAGCCGCCAAGAUUGGCAAAGACUCCAAGUACCAAUCGGCAAAAGAAAUUUCCCCCCUGUUCACAAUUUUGAUUAAACCAGAAAAACAAGCGGAACACCUAGAAGUCCUGAUAGACUCAGGCGCCACAUUGUCAUUCCUUCACCCACGUACCGCCGAGGCACUACGCCUACCUCUCAUAGCCCUCCCAACACCCCGCACCGUUACUAUGCUCAAUGGGUUGAGCCCCCAGGCUGGCAAAAUCUGGAAAAAGGCGUCACUAACCUUUACCUUUGAUGGCAAGAGGAUGACGGAGACAUUCCUCAUAUGUAACACUGGAAACCACCCAGCCAUCUUAGGCCUAAAAUGGUUAGACGCCCAUAAUCCAGAAAUAGAUUGGAACUUGCGCACCCUCUCAUUCCCUCACACGCCCCCGGAACAUGUAGCCAUUGCCAAAGAGGAGGAAGCAGACAAGAACCCACUUGAAGGAGUGCCCCUCGAAUACCACCAAUACGCUAAGGUAUUUGGAGAGGAAGAAUUCAACAAGCUCCCUCCCCAUAGGCACUACAAUAUUAGUAUAGAACUCAUGGAAGAAGGACCCUUAAACUCGCCCCUAUACAGUAUGACCAACGCCAAAUCCGCCACACUUAAGGAUUGGCUCAGAGACGAACUUAAGGCUGGGAAGAUCCGUCCCAGUAAAUCCUCAAUUAGCUCUCCUGUCAUGUUUGUGCCAAAAAAGGAUGGUUCCCGUCGGCUGGUUGUUGACUACCGCCGCUUGAAUAACCGUACUAAGAAAAACGUGUACCCACUACCCCGUCCAGACAACCUUAUGGCCCAGCUCCGCGGUGCCAAGGUCUUUACCAAGCUAGAUCUGAGGUGGGGUUACAACAACGUCCGGGUCAAGGAAGGCAACAAAUGGAAAACGGCCUUCCGUACCAAAUACGGCCUGUACAAGUCCUUAGUAAUGACUUUUGGUUUAACAAACGCCCCUGCCGCCUUUCAACACUUCAUGAACGAACUGUUUAAAGACUUACUGGAUGUAUGCGUCAUCAUAUACCUAGAUGACAUCUUGAUUUACUCAAAAGAUGACGCAUCCCACACCCAACACGUCCAUGAAGUCCUACGGCGCCUAUUAGGAAACCAACUGUUUUGCAAGGCCUCAAAAUGCACUUUCCAUGUUACCUCCGUGGAAUACCUGGGGAUCAUCGUAUUGGAUAAGGGCUUCAGCUUGGACAAACUCAAAAUCCAAGCAGUCCAGGAAUGGCCUACUCCCACAAAGGUUAAGGAAGUACAAUCCUUCCUUGGAUUCGCAAACUUCCUCCGCCAAUUUGUUGCCAACUUCAGCCACAUGGCCAGGCCGCUACACAACCUGGUCAGGAAAGAUACGGCUUGGAAUUGGGGUCCAAAAGAACAAGAAGCCUUCCAGGGUUUAAAAGAUGCCAUCACCAAUGCCCCGGUCCUGUGCCACGCUGAUCCUGCCAAACCUUAUUUUCUGGAAACGGACGCCUCAGGUGCAGCCUCAGGUUCUAUACUCAGCCAACGCCAGGAAGACGGACGGUUACACCCCUUAGGAUUCCUGUCAGAAUUGUUCAAGGGAGCGGAACAAAAUUAUGAUACCCAUGACAAGGAACUAUUGGCUAUCAUUCGAUCCUUUGAGUACUGGCGUAUCUUCUUGGAAGGAACCUUACACCCAAUCACUGUGUUCACGGACCACCGCAACCUGGAAUACUGGAAGGAGUCCCGCACCUUCAAUCGACGCCAUGCACGAUGGCAUCUGCUCCUCGCCGGUUAUAACUUCCAAAUAGUCUACCGCCCAGGAAAACAGUCAGGAAAACCCAAUGCUCUCUCACGCCGCUCGGAUCAUGCCAAUGUCCCUCCCGCCAAUCAAACAAUGCUCCUGGAACCCGUAUUUGCCAAUGUUGCCUUAGUUACACCAGAAAAGGAGCUACAACGCCAAAUCAAGGCUUCCCUGGAUCAAGAUGAGUCCCUGGAGGAAAUCCUCCAAUUCCUACAGAACAAGUCCAAAGCGCCCCCAUCCAUCAAACGCGCGUUCAAGGAUUACGAAAUGGAAGCGGGCCUACUCUUCUACCAAGGACAAAUUGUGGUUGCUGACGUUGGAACGCUGAGGACUGAUCUACUCCGUAUCUUCCAUGACAGCCCGUUGGCCGGACACCCUGGAAGGCAGCAAACGUUGGAAUUGAUCUGCAGGAAUUACUAUUGGCCUGGCAUCCGCGCCGACACCUAUUGGCACAUGGAUUCCUGUGAAACCUGCCAACAAAUCAGGAAACCAAAAUACGCCUCCAUUCCCCCGCAGCCGCUCAAACUCCCAUCCAGACCGUGGCAACAUGUCUCCUAUGAUAUGAUUGUAGAUUUACCAAAGGACGGGAACCACGACUCCAUCCUGGUCAUAGUAGACAGUUUCACCAAGUACAGGAUAUUUGUCAAAUGUUCCAAAAAGCUGAAAGCGCCCGAACUAGCGGAGUUAUUCCUGGAACACGUAUGGAAACGCCAUGGGAUGCCGGAAAAGACAAUAUCGGAUAGAGGAAGGGUCUUCAAUAACAAAUUCCUACGGGCUCUUUACAAACACCUGGGAAUUGACCCACACUUUUCAUCGGCAUACCACCCUCAAAGCGACGGCCAAACGGAACAAGUAAACCCCUCCAUUGAACACUUCCUUAGAGCAUACUCAGGGGUCAACCAAAGGGACUGGACCAAAUGGCUCCCCAUGGCGGAGUUUGCCUAUAACAACGCUGUACAUAGCAGCACGGGCAAAACCCCCUUCAAGGCCUUAUAUGGUUGGGAACCCACCCUGACACCUUCCAACGUACCAACGGACGUCCCAGAAGCAGAUGAUCUAGCCCAGACCAUGGAAGCACAAUGGAGCAAAGUAGAGUCUGCUCUCCGGCAAUCUAAGCAACAAAUGACAGCCGGGGAAUACGGGAACCCGACGGAGUUUGAAAUUGGAGAAGAAGCAUGGCUCGACGCCAAAAAUGUCAACCUGAAGACCCUAAGUCCCAAACUAACGGAACAGCGCUUAGGGCCAUUCAAAGUCGUCAAGAAAAUCUCCAAUCGCGCAUACAGACUCGAACUUCCACCAACCAUGCGCAUUCAUAACGUGUUUUACGUGGGUCUACUGUCAAAGGUUAAAAGGGACAAGACACGCACCUUUGAAAAUCGUCCACCGCCAAUCACAGUGGACGGAGAGGAGGAAUACGAGGUGGAAGGGAUAACCAAUGCAGAAGAACGCAACGGGAAAUGGUUUUUCUGGGUAAAAUGGAAGGGUUACGGCUCCAAAGAGAACACGUGGGAGCCCAGGGAGAACCUAAAAAACGCGGAAAAAAUUUUGGAAAAGUAUGAGAAGGACAUGAGAAAGAAGGCCCUUGGCGCCGCCAAGGCCCUUAGAGGGGGGGCAGUGUCGUAG